GCCGCGGGGCAGAGCAGCGCGGGCAGCGAUGGCCGGCGGGGAGCAGCGCUUGCCCGGCGGCCCCGAGCGGGUGGCGCUGAAGAAGGAGAUCGGGCUGGUGAGCGCCUGUGCCAUCAUCAUCGGUAACAUCAUAGGCUCUGGGAUCUUUAUUUCCCCCAAAGGAGUUCUGGAGCACGCAGGCUCGGUGGGACUGGCUCUCAUCAUCUGGGUGCUGGGGGGCGGCGUGGCUGCCCUGGGCUCGCUGUGCUACGCUGAGCUGGGGGUCACCAUCCCCAAGUCAGGAGGGGACUACUCCUAUGUCACUGAGAUUUUUGGUGGGUUGGCUGGGUUUCUGCUGCUGUGGAGUGCAGUGCUUAUCAUGUACCCAACCAGUCUGGCUGUCAUUGCACUGACCUUCUCCAACUAUGUCCUGCAGCCUGUCUUCCCCAACUGCAUUCCCCCCUAUAAUGCCUCCAGGAUCCUCUCCAUGGUGUGUCUGUUGCUGCUGACAUGGGUGAACAGCUCCAGUGUGCGAUGGGCAACGCGCAUCCAGGAUAUCUUCACAGCAGGAAAACUCUUAGCCCUGACUCUCAUCAUUGUUGUGGGCUUCAUCCAGAUCUUUAAAGGAAACUACAAAGAGCUGACACCAAGCAAUGCAUUCAGAUUUUGGAUGACUCCAUCUGUGGGGCAUUUAGCUUUAGCUUUCCUCCAAGGGUCCUUUGCAUUCAGUGGCUGGAACUUCUUGAACUAUGUAACAGAGGAGCUGGUGGAUCCCCGCAGGAACCUGCCUCGUGCCAUAUUCAUAUCCAUCCCAUUGGUGACAUUUGUGUACACGUUCACCAACAUUGCAUAUUUCACUGCCAUGUCUCCCCACGAGCUCUUGUCCUCCAACGCUGUGGCUGUAACAUUUGGUGAAAAGUUACUGGGCUAUUUUUCCUGGGUUAUGCCAGUCUCAGUGGCCCUAUCUACAUUUGGAGGAAUAAAUGGAUACCUUUUUACCUCAUCAAGGCUGUGUUUCUCUGGUGCUCGGGAGGGCCACUUGCCAAGUUUGCUGGCCAUGAUCCAUGUCAAGAACUGCACACCCAUCCCUGCCCUCCUCAUCUGUUGUUUGGCCACACUCAUCAUCAUGCUUGUUGGAGACACCUACACACUGAUCAACUACGUGUCCUUCAUUAACUACCUCUGCUAUGGAGUGACAAUUAUUGGCCUGAUUGUUCUACGCUGGAGGAAACCCAAAAUCUUCAGACCUAUCAAGGUGAACCUCCUCAUCCCCAUCACUUACCUGGCCUUCUGGGCAUUCCUGCUGGUCUUCAGCCUCUACUCCGAGCCCAUUGUCUGUGGGAUUGGACUCAUUAUCAUUCUAACUGGAGUGCCAGUGUUCUUCCUGGGAGUCUACUGGAGAAAUAAACCAAAGUGUGUAAAUAGGCUAAUAGAGUCCCUGACGUGCUGGGGGCAGAAGCUGUGUUUUGUGGUGUACCCUCAGUGUGGAAGUGCAGAGGAAGAGCACUCCCACUCCUCCUCCUCCCACUCCUGGAGGCUGGUGAGCGACACAGCAGUGAGGAAAUCGCACCAGCGUGGCCUUUGAGGCUGAAGUGGCUUCUUGUUUACAUGCUGAUUUUUGAAAAAAAAAGUUUUUCUGGAAAAAAAAAAUUGUUUUAGAGCACCAAUAGUGAAGCCCAUAAAAUGAGCUACAUCCUUUAUGGCCUCUGUAGCUUUUAGUUAUUCCCUAUGAAAAAAAAUUAAAAAAAAAAAAGAAAAAAAAAAGAAAAGAAAUAAAAUGUAAAAUAAGGA